AUGAGCGGAGGGGGAUUUGUGCGAGUCCUGUGGACGACGAUAAUCUCGCCGUUCGGAAAGGUCCGAUUCUUUUCGGGCUACGCCGGCGUCAUCCUCACCAGGCUGUUCAAGAGGAGCUUUUUUGUGACGGUGAGGAACUCAUUGACCUCGACGACCAUGACCAAGAACGCCCGCGCCAGCUACAUCGUCGGCACCACCUCCAUCGCCGCUGUCGAGAAGAAGAAAUGGGGGCACCAGAACUGUUGGGGCUACCACAUCGUCGCCCUCUCCAACGGCGUCACCAUCAUCGAACGCCUAUCCAAGACGCCCACCCCAGAAGCGAUUGAUCUCGCCUCUCGCCCUAUCGCCGGCGCCGGCGCCGGCGCCUCUUUCCAAUGCCCCGGCACCAGCGAAAAACGGAAGGUUCUCCUCAGGCGCGCGACGAUAGCAUAAAACCGCAAGGUCCGAUCCCCAUCCCGUUCCCGCACCGACUCUUCUGGAGAGGAACCCGAAGAAACCAACGACGAGUACCCCGACGACGAACAGGACCCCGACUUUUCCCCCGGCGACGAUAAAGACGACAACGAAGACAACAACGAAGACGGCAACGACACUGACGAUGUCGACAACCGCGGCAACGACAACAACGACGAUGCCGACUCCGAUGAUGCCGACUCCGAUGACGCCGCCUCCGACGACGGCUAUGACACCGAAUGGUGUCUCCGUUUAUCUGCCUUCCAUUUUUUGCCCUGAAGUGUGCGUGUGGGAUCGCUGUUGCUUUCGCGUGUCUUCGGCUGUCUUUUCUUGAGUGCUUUUUGAUUGUGUCCAUCUUGGGUGCUUUUCUCCGAAUCUUCAUGCCAAACAAUCGUUGAGCGUACUUUGGUACCACGUACCGUUGUAGCUUACCAACCGGCGGCCCAACGAUCGAUUGAUUGUAGUUGUGCAUCGUUUUCUCUACGGACCAUUAAUUUUUUUUGCCCCCAUUGGAGUUGUCGAUCCACGGUAUCGUCGACUAUGUUUGCCGAUGAAUCUGAUUGAGCAUUGUUGCCCCAUAUCAUUGUGUUCGCUGGGAAUGUUCUUGUCUUUUCUACGUGCCUUCGCUAAGCAGCUUUUCAAUAUGUUUUCGUUCUUCACGUUUG